GAGAGCAGGGGAGGUUCAGGUCUCCAGAAGUCAUUAUGCAACAGCAGCCAACUGUAUAUAAGGCCAAACCUGACAGAAAGGAUCUCUGUGAGCUGCCCACUUCUUUUUGGUAACAAGAAUGCUGCGGUACGUUGUAGCCCUCUGUCUCCUGGCUUUGGCCUGGGCACAGGACUGCCAGGUGGCCAACUUCCAGGUCAUGCAGGACUUUGACAGGUCCAGGUAUGCAGGGACAUGGUAUGCCGUAGCAAAGAAGGACCCAGAGGGUUUGUUCUUAAUUGACAACAUCGUGGCUCAGUUUAUUGUCGGAGAAGAUGGCAAAAUGACCGCCACAGCUAAGGGCAGAGUCAUCAUUCUCAACAACUGGGAAAUGUGUGCUGACAUGCUUGCCACCUUUGAAGAGACCCCUGACCCUGCCAAGUUCAGGAUGAAGUACUGGGGAGUUUCAUCCUACCUGCAAACUGGAAAUGAUGACCACUGGGUGAUUGACACCGACUACGAUAACUACGCCAUCCACUACUCCUGCAGACUAAUAGAUGCUGAUGGCACUUGCCUGGACAGCUACUCCUUUAUCUUCUCCCGUCAUCCGACCGGUCUGAGGGCGGAGGACCAGCGCAUUGUCACCCAGAAGAAGAUGGAUCUCUGCCUGCUGGGCAAAUACAGACGCGUCGCACACAACGGCUUCUGCGAGACCAGUUGAUCUAUUUACACUCAGGAACUUUCUUUGUGUGGCACCCACCAACAGGACUCUGUGCCCCUCUGCUGGUCUUGGUCCAGAGCUCCUUCUUCUUUGUCUCCCCUUCUGUCUCUGUCUGUCUAAACAGAGAAAGCAGCCCAUUCUUCUUUAGAAAUAAACAAAAAAUGGCAAUCUGUAGACUCACAUUCAUAUGACUAUACUGUAAAUAGAAGGGAAAGCUGACUGUUUAUGUUUCUAAAUUCUUCCAUUAGUGAAGUGGGUUAAUAUGUUAGUCUUAUCCUAAACAACUGUCAUGUAUUGUGUUUUCUAAUAGGAGCUUCAGUGUAGAGUAAAACAACUUCUCACCAUUUUACAAUUCCUGAUGGAAACUAGUGGAACUUGCUCUCUGGUUUCAUCGAGGAAACAAGACAUAUCAGAUCACUGAAAAACUUUAGGCCAACAUGACAAGUAAUCAGUUGUGAAGAUGAAGCUAAACUUUCAGCAGUGCUGCAGCUCUGGAGUGUAACCACCAUGUUUACUAAAAAAAAAAAACAGAUUCCCAUGUCACUGGCUUUGCCUUUACACUGAAGAUACAGUAUUUUGUAGCACAAAAGUAGAUAUUGUUAAUAAACCUUAAUACAUACAUAUUAAGUCAUGUGCUAUACAGACAUAGCAGUUUGGUUGUUUCUUGAUUUUAUGAUGUAUACUUGAUCCAGUUUUUCAAAUAAAACAUUCAUACCA